AGAUAUUGUAUAUAACAGAGUAAAACAGAUGGCAUUAUUAUUACUGAUCCGUAAAAUUCCAUAUUUUGUAAAAAUAAAAAAGGUAAGGAAGAGUAAGAAUUUAUGAAACAAAAUUCAUUCAUAUCUGUUAUUUCGAAUGAAAAAAAAGAAGAAAAUAGGGGGUCUGUUGAAUUUCAAGUAUUGUGUUUUACCAAUAAGAUACGAAGACUUACUUCACAUUUGGAAUUGCACAAAAAAGAUUAUUCAUCACAAAGAGGUUUACGAAAAAUUCUGGGAAAACGUCAACGACUACUGGCUUAUUUGUCAAAUAAAAACAGAAUACGUUAUAAAGAAUUAAUCAGCCAAUUGAACAUUCGAGAACUAAAAACACGUUAAUUUGAAGAGUUGUUUUGAAUUAUUUGAUUUAUUAGAUCUUGAAUUGAAUUUUGAUGAACUUUUUUUGUUUUCAUCAAUUCAUGGAAAAAUGAAUUCGUGAAAAAAUGAAUCGGGGAAAAACCUAUGACUGUACCAACUUCCAGAAAAGACCUCAUGAUAGUCAAUAUGGGCCCUCACCAUCCAUCAAUGCAUGGCGUUCUCCGACUCAUCGUUACUUUAGACGGUGAAGAUGUUAUUGACUGUGAACCAAUAGUGGGUUAUUUACACAGAGGUAUGGAAAAAAUUGCGGAAAACCGAACAAUUAUACAAUAUUUGCCUUAUGUAACACGUUGGGAUUAUUUAGCUACUAUGUUCACAGAAGCAAUAACUGUAAAUGGACCCGAACAAUUGGGAAAUAUUCAAGUCCCUAAAAGGGCUAGCUAUAUCAGAGUAAUCAUGUUGGAAUUAAGUCGUAUAGCUUCUCAUUUGUUAUGGCUAGGCCCCUUUAUGGCAGAUAUUGGUGCGCAGACCCCCUUCUUCUAUAUUUUCAGAGAAAGAGAGUUGAUAUAUGAUUUAUUCGAAGCUGCCACCGGUAUGAGAAUGAUGCAUAAUUAUUUUCGUAUUGGAGGAGUAGCUGCCGAUCUACCUUAUGGGUGGAUAGAUAAAUGUUUAGAUUUUUGUGAUUAUUUUUUAAUAGGACUUACUGAAUACCAACAACUUAUUACGCGAAAUCCUAUUUUUUUAGAACGAGUUGAAAACAUAGGCAUUAUUAGUGGAGAAGAAGCAAUAAAUUGGGGUUUAUCAGGACCGAUGUUACGAGCUUCCGGAAUACAAUGGGAUCUUCGUAAAGUUGAUCAUUAUGAGUGUUACGACGAAUUUGAUUGGGAAGUUCAAUGGCAAAAAGAAGGAGACUCAUUAGCUCGUUAUUUAAUCCGAAUCAGUGAAAUGGCAGAAUCUAUAAAAAUUAUUCAACAAGCGUUAGAAGGAAUUCCGGGGGGUCCUUAUGAAAAUUUAGAAAUUCGACGCUUUAAUAAAAUAAAAUAUCCUGAAUGGAAUGAUUUUGAAUAUCGAUUCAUUAGUAAAAAACCAUCUCCUGCUUUUGAAUUGUCGAAACAAGAACUGUAUGUAAGAGUAGAAGCCCCAAAAGGCGAAUUAGGAAUCUUUUUGAUAGGAGAUCAGAGUGUUUUUCCUUGGCGAUGGAAAAUUCGCCCGCCGGGUUUUAUCAAUUUGCAAAUUCUUCCUCAGUUAGUUAAAAAAAUGAAAUUGGCUGAUAUUAUGACGAUACUAGGUAUACAAGCUAUCAAUUCUUUUUCCAGAUUGGAAUCCUUAAAAGAGGUUUAUGGGACUAUAUGGCUGCUUUUCCCUAUUUUGAUUCUCGUAUUGGGAAUCACAAUAGGUGUACUAGUAAUUGUGUGGUUAGAAAGACAAAUAUCCGCAGGUAUACAACAACGUAUUGGACCUGAAUAUGCCGGUCCUUUGGGAAUUCUUCAAGCUCUGGCGGACGGAACAAAACUACUUUUUAAAGAAAACCUUCUUCCGUCUAGAGGGGAUACGUAUUUGUUUAGUAUUGGACCCUCUAUAGCAGUUAUAUCAAUUCUACUAAGUUAUUCAGUAAUUCCUUUUGGUUCUCGACUUGUUCUAGCCGAUUUAAGUAUUGGUGUUUUUUUAUGGAUUGCCAUUUCAAGUAUUGCUCCAAUUGGACUUCUUAUGUCAGGAUAUGGAUCAAAUAAUAAAUAUUCCUUUUUAGGUGGUCUACGGGCAGCUGCUCAAUCAAUUAGUUAUGAAAUACCAUUAACUCUAUGUGUGUUAGCAAUAUCUCUACUAUCUAACAGUUUAAGUACAGUUGAUAUAGUUGAGGCACAAUCAAAAUAUGGUUUUUUGGGAUGGAAUUUGUGGCGGCAACCUAUAGGGUUUAUUGUUUUUAUAAUUUCUUCUCUAGCUGAAUGCGAGAGAUUGCCUUUUGAUUUACCAGAAGCAGAAGAAGAAUUAGUAGCAGGUUAUCAAACCGAAUAUUCCGGUAUUAAAUUUGGUUUAUUUUAUGUUGCGUCUUAUCUAAAUCUACUAAUCUCUUCUUUAUUUGUAACCGUUCUUUAUUUGGGUGGUUGGAAUCUUUCUAUUCCACACAUAGUCAUUUCUGGCUUUUUUGAAAUAAAUAAAAUAGAUGGAGUUUUUGGAACGACAAUUAGUAUUUUCAUUACAUUAGCUAAAACUUUUUUGUUCUUGUUCAUUCCUAUCACAACAAGAUGGACUUUACCUAGACUGAGAAUGGACCAAUUAUUAAAUCUUGGAUGGAAAUUUCUUUUACCUAUUUCUUUAGAAAGAAACAAAAUCUUAUUUUUUUUUAUUGAUAUUUACUAUAUGUUCCCUAUGGUAACUGGGUUCAUCAAUUAUGGUCAACAAACAAUACGUGCGGCAAGGUACAUUGGUCAAGGUUUUAUGAUUACUUUAUCCCACGCUAAUCGUUUACCCGUAACUAUUCAAUAUCCGUAUGAAAAAUUGAUCACAUCAGAGCGUUUUCGUGGUCGAAUUCAUUUUGAAUUUGAUAAAUGCAUUGCUUGUGAAGUAUGUGUUCGUGCAUGUCCUAUAGAUUUACCCGUUGUUGAUUGGAAAUUGGAAACGGAUCUUCGAAAGAAACGGUUGCUUAAUUAUAGCAUUGAUUUCGGAAUUUGUAUUUUUUGUGGUAAUUGUGUUGAGUAUUGUCCAACAAAUUGUUUAUCAAUGACUGAAGAAUAUGAGCUUUCGACUUAUGAUCGUCACGAAUUAAAUUAUAAUCAAAUUUCUCUGGGCCGUUUACCAAUAUCAAUAACUGAUGAUUACACAAUUCGACCAAUUUUGAAUUCACCUCAACCAAAAGAGCAAUUCCGUGAUUGAAGAGCAAUUCUCAAUUAUUAAAUUUCUUUUUUUUCUUGUUCAAUAACUAUAAAUUUUGAUUAUUCAAUAUUCCUAUUUAUUGGUGAAAAUCGAAACUUUAUUUGGAUUUUAAAUAUGUUUACUGUAAUUGUAAUGGUUUUAAAUAGUUUUAGUUGCGAACUACCCAAACCAAUGCGAUAGGUUCAAUAACUUUACUUUACUCACAUCAAGUGAUACGCAUUAGGAUUUAAAAUCAAAAAUGCAUAAACUUUUUUUUUCCUGUUCAAGUCAAUAAAAUCAUGAAACAUUCCGAUUUUUUUAUUUCUUAUUUUACAUAUAAUGGAUUUACCUGGACCAAUACAUGAUUUUCUUUUAGUUUUUCUGGGGUCGGGCCUUAUAUUAGGUGGUCUAGGAGUAGUAUUAUUUACCAAUACAAUUUUUUCUGCUUUUUCGUUAGGAUUGGUUCUUGUUUGUAUAUCUUUAUUCUAUAUUCUAGCAAAUUCCCAUUUUGUAGCUUCUGCACAACUCCUUAUUUAUGUGGGAGCUAUAAAUAUAUUAAUAAUAUUUUCUGUAAUGUUCAUGAAUGGUCCGGAAUAUGACACAGAUUUCCGUCUGUGGACUGUGGGGGACGGGAUUACCUUAUUGGUUUGUGCAAGUCUUUUUGUUUCAUUAACUAUUACUAUUCUAAAUACGUCCUGGUAUGGGAUUAUUUGGACUACAAAAUCAAAUCAGAUUCUAGAACAAGAUCUGAUAAGCGCUAGUCAACAAAUAGGAAUUCAUUUAUCAACCGAUUUUUUUCUUCCAUUUGAACUCAUUUCAAUAAUUCUUUUAGUUGCUUUAAUAGGUGCAAUUGGCGUGGCUCGUCAAUAAUAAUUCAUUUGAUUUUUUAAAAUAGCAAUCAAAAAAAAUGAUAUUUUAUCAUAUUCAUUUUCAUUCUAGUCAAUCAAAUUGGUUUAAUUCAAUUUAUUAUUCUAUUAUCAUAUCAUUUUUUUGUUCUUCAUUUUUUUUUGUAUUAUAACUUAUUAUAUUCUAGUUAAUCAAAUGGGUUUAAUUGUUGUUCAUAUUCAAAUGAAUAGAGAUUGAUAAGGAGUUGGUCAAUGAUACUCGAACAUGUACUUGUUUUGAGUUCUUUUUUAUUUUCGAUCGGCAUUUAUGGAUUAGUCACGAGUCGAAAUUUGGUUCGGGCUCUGAUGUGUCUUGAACUUAUAUUGAAUGCAGUUAAUCUAAAUUUUGUAACAUUUUCUGAUUUUUUUGAUAGUCGCCAAUUAAAAGGAAAUAUUUUCUCAAUUUUUGUUAUAGCUAUUGCAGCCGCUGAAGCAGCUAUU